AGACGUCUAUGGAAAUAACGCCAUUCCUUUUCUUCCUUCUAUUGCUAAUAAUUGGUUUGCUGUAAUUCAAAUUGUCCAUAUCGAUUGUAGCAAAAAACAUUGAAAUUACAGUUAAAUUUGUAAUUCGAACGAAAUGAAACAAGUGUGUAAAGAUGUGGUGUUAAAAAAAUGAAUGUAAAUUGAAGUUGUAAUUUGUUGCCAAACGUAACAUUUAAUUUUUAAGUAAAUAAUUUAUUUAAAUAAUAUAAAUUAAGAAAUAUAUUUUGUCCAAGUUCGUGUAGUAUUUAUUAAAAAUGUUUAUUGAUAACCUAAUGCGCGUUUUAAGUUUAAACAUUUCGGGCAAAAGUGCUAAAGUGUUCAAGACAGUUUCAGUGAUUCAUAAUAGUAAUAGAUUUCAAUAUCAAAUUCCAAGGAGAUUUACAAGUUUUUCUUAUGGAAGAGAGAAACGCAAAGAGCGUUACUUAUACUUGCCAUUUUUCAUCCCGAUUUGUGCCGUAAUAAGCUUCAUUUAUUGGACAAAUUUGAGAAAAAAAUAUUUAUCUACUGUGAAUGCAGCAGAAAUUAUGUCCGAAGAAGAGCAUGAUGAUGAUGAGAAAAAUGAUAGCUUGAGCUCUAUGCAAGAAGAUCAAAGCAAAAAGACAAAAGAAAAAGUUGGUUUUCGAGUUCAAAGGAUAAUAGGAUAUGAAAAUCGCAUAAGGAAUUAUUCUACACCUGACAAAGUAUUUCGAUAUUUUGCUACACUCCAAGUGAUCAACAAUGACAUCCAUGAAAUCUUCAUGACACCCGAUGACUUCUUGAGAUCCAUAACGCCUGGUGUUAGACAACCAGAUGGACUUGGAUUAGACAAGUAUAAAAGAUACGAUCCAAAGAAUGUUCAUACGAAAUUAGAAUUGGCUUUGGACGAAGACAGUAUUUUUUAUAAACUUGGGAGUGCUGGCUUAAUCACUUUCUCUGAUUAUAUAUUUCUUCUUACCGUAUUAUCUACUUCUAGAAGACAUUUUGAAAUUGCCUUCAGAAUGUUCGAUUUUAAUGGUGAUGGCGAUGUGGACUCUGACGAAUUUGGUAAAGUUGCUACCUUGAUACGACAGCAAACUAGUAUUGGAAGUCGACAUCGCGAUCAUGUUACUACUGGUAAUAUGUUCAAGGGUGUUAAUUCCGCAUUAACUACAUACUUCUUCGGGCCAAACAUGAAAGGAAAGCUGACUAUUGAGAAAUUCUUAGAGUUUCAGCAGCAAUUGCAAAAAGAAAUACUCAGCCUGGAGUUCGAGAGAAGAAAUCCCGAUGAGAAUGGUAAAAUAACAGAAGUAGAUUUCACAGAAUUAUUGUUAGCAUACGCUGGAUACCCUGCCAAGAAAAAAGAAAGAAUUUUAAAGACCAUAAAGAAACGUUUCAAAGAGAGUCCAAAGGGAAUAACCAAGGAUGAUUAUUUGAAGUUUUUCCACUUUUUAAACAAUAUUAACGACGUGGACACUGCACUGACAUUCUAUCAUAUCGCGGGAGCGUCGAUUGAUCAAGCUACGCUAAAACACGUGGCAAAAACUGUGGCGCACGUUGAUUUGGCUGAUCACGUUAUACAAGUUGUUUAUACAAUUUUUGACGAAAACAUGGAUGGACAGUUAAGUAACAAAGAAUUUGUUGCUGUAAUGAAGAACAGAGUUUUAAGAGGACUAGAGAAACCAAAGGAUACUGGUUUUGUAAAACUGAUGGAAUCAAUGGCAAAGUGCAUAAAAAGCAGUUAUAGCGUGUCUUUUGAUAAUUAAAAUAAACGAAAUUCAAAUUAAUAGCAGCCUUUGCCUCUAUAACGUGUUUGAAUAACCAAACAGAAUUAAUUUUCCAAUUAUCUAAUUUGAAAUACGUGUGUAUGAUUAUGCUAUGAGUAAAGAUACAUGCAACAACAAACACGAUUCUUCUUAAUACAAUCCUAAAUAAACACACACACACACAAUAUAUAAAUAUUAUGUGUAUAUAUUGUGAUGUUGCAAAGCUCUAUAGCAAAACGUCUAAUUUGUAAUUAAUUAUAUUAUGACUAGGCAGUUUUCUCACUUUUCGAUUAGCAUUGUCUGUUUUUCUAAAACUUGAUUUUUAAUACACUCAUUUAAUAAGUUUUGUUUCAUAUAGCAUUUCAUUAAUCCUGAUAACUUGUAUUAAUUUCUUGCUCUUUAAACGUAUUUUUAUCAUGUCUCAAAAGCGAAAUUGCAAAGUCGGGUUUUUUUGUGAUUUAUUUGGUAAUUCUCCUUUUCGUCCUCGACUUUUUCGUGUAUUUGACGUAAUUGUUUUACUUUUUUGGAGUUUUUUAUGGGGAUUCUGACUCUACCAAACGAAGGCUCAGAUAUCACUGAAAACACCGAAGACCUUAGGUUAUCGACGUUUCUUAUUUGCUUUCAGAAGAAUAACCCCUUUGCAGUUGGUUUCCCUUCAGUUUCGCAAGCUAUAUGUUUAUCGUAAUAAUGGAGAGCAUGACGACACUAUUUACGUAUUUAUAUUUUUGUGAGAAACAAUACACAUCGAUUGUAUCGUAGGCAAAUUAUACAGGGUGUCCCAGCCUAAGUGAUACGGAGCUCAAACUCCGAAACUAUCGGUCAAAUGCAACAUUUCAAAUAUGGAAAUUGGAUGCUAAAAUGGGACUCAUGUUUUAGCGAGAAGAAAUUUUUGUUAACUUUGUUAUUUAACGAGAUAUGAUGGUCAAGUUUCGUUUUUCAAAUGGAACUAUUUAUUUUUUUUGAUACCAUGCGAUAACAUUAGAGUUCCGUACCACUUAGGCUGGGACACCCUGUAUAACAACAUUACAGUGUUAACAGUUUGCAAUAACAUUUAUUCUAUACAUACUAUACAUACUAUACAUACUCCUUCUAAUCGUAUCUUUCUGGAGGAUCGGAAAACUACAAUUUUAAGAUUUUGACGUUAUUCAUAUGAUUUCUACUGAUGAAGCAUGUUGUACGCCGAGUAAGCCGUCUUCAUUAUCUAAAAUGAUAAGCUAAUUAACUUGCAGUGUGGAUCAUUUCAUGCUUAAUGUGUUAGAUUUGCAAUAUACGUUAAAGAAUUUGAUACAUUUAAAUUAUAAUGUAGUUCACUUUAGUUACUAAUUUUUAUUCUCUAGACUACGAAUUAUACUGACACUUGCAGGGCCAAUUUAUUUACUUUGAUUUCAACUUGUAUCAAUGCAACUUUGCACACACCCAGAAGACACUUGAAGACACUUGAUUCCUCACGGAGUUUCACCGAAAUCGGUUGAAAACUCUCAUAGUUACGACGGUUUGAAAAAGUGUCCCCUAAGUAUUGCGGGUCAGUGUACUUCGAAGCUCUUGUCUCAAGUGAAAAUAUACGCUUUACUGAUUAAAUUUGAAGGUUUCACUUGAAGAGAUUUAACAAUAGACUACACUAAUUAGACAUUGAGUGAAUACAAACAUCUUUUGACCUCUUAUAUUUAAAAGGCUGGCCUACUCAACGUCAAUAGCAGUUGA